AUGGGAGAGAAAAAGGUUGAAGAAGAUGAAUCUGCUCAACCACAGGAGAUUAUCUUGAAAGUUUACAUGCAUUGCGAAGGCUGCGCUCGUAAAGUCCGAUGUUGUCUCAGGGGUUUUCAAGAAGUGGAAGAUGUAAUGACGGACUGCAAGAGCAAUAAAGUGGUGGUGAAAGGUGACAAAGCCGACCCUUUAAAAGUUCUCGAGAGAGUUCAAAUUAAAAGCAACUGCCAAGUUGAGCUUCUCUCACCCAUCCCAAAGCCACCGUCCACGGCGGAGGAAAAAGAAAAGCACAAGGGUGGAGAAAAGAAAGAAGAGGUGAUGGCUGUGGUGGUGAUGUUAAAGGUUCACAUGCACUGUGAAGCUUGUGCUCAAGAAAUCAAGAAACGUAUUCAAAGAAUGAAAGGUUUCAAUUUCUUUCCUCAUUGCAUUUGUUUAUUGAAUUCAUUAGCUCUUUUUUAA